AUGAAGUUCAGGAAGAAAUUCAGCAAGUCGACUGACGAAAUACUGCCUGACUGGCGUGACAAGUAUUUGGACUACAAGGAUCUGAAGAAGCGACUCAAACUGAUAUGUCCCGACAAAGAUGUUGAAACGAAGAAACGACCAAGAGUUGAUCUAGAGGCCACAGUUUGUGGAGAUUGCAAGGAUGAGACGGCGAAAAAGGUAUCUGCUUUUGAGGAGAAGUUGGAGGCUGAGGUCUAUAAGUUCAAUUGGUUUAUCAUGGAGAAUGAGGAAGAAUAUAUUAUCAAAUGGGAGGUAUUGAAAGAGAUUGCAGGUAAAGCCGAGGAUGUUGAGGAGUUAAUGAAGAUUUGUAGAGAAGUAGUUGAUUUCCAUGGCGAGAUGGUUUUGUUGCAGAGUUACAGCGCUCUAAACUACAUAGGAUUGGUGAAGAUCUUAAAGAAGUACAAAAAGCGAAGCGGGGCUGUCACUCGCUCGCCUAUAUUCCGAAUGCUUGUGCAGCAGCCUUUUUUCUCAACUGAGGUGCUUAACAGGCUUGUGAACGAGUGUGAGAGAACACUUGACUGCCUGUUCUUUGGAAAUGAACAAUUACUGCAUAACAAUGAUUCAAGGAACGAGAAUGGGCAGGAGCCGCGCAGAUUGCCUGAAGAACUUGGGGAGCUCGAGCACAUGGAAAGCAAGUACAAGAAAAUGACUCGCUUGGUAUUAGACACAUUGAUGGAGAUCCGAAGCGGAAGUUCGACACCUGGUGAUCACUCACUACCGCCUAUGCAAAUAUGA